AACAAAUGCCUGCCACGGCCACUAGGGGGCGCUUUUGAGGUGGCCCAAUAUCCAGAUUUGUUUGAAACAUAUUCACCAACACAUCUACCAAAUUUCAUGCUUUUAUCACAAAGUGAACGAUUGGUGUAAAAUAUUGAGCUAAUCCGCCCCACUAUAAGUCAUUUAUUUCUCUUAAAUUACAUCAUUUACACACAGUGUUAUUACUAUGCCAGUUGCCAUCCUUUGUUACAUCCUUUUUGAGUGAAAUGAUCAAUAAAUGUCAUAUGUUAUACUUUUGGUGAAGUUUUUUGUGUUUCCUACAAAACUUGAAAAAAUGAGUUAGGCGAUUAUUUUAACAGGGUGACGAUUUGACUUGAUUUCAUUGAAGGGCAAAUGAGCCCUUUCAUUUUAAUUUGAAAGUCGUAACCGGAAGUGAAAACUAUUUUUUUGUUUUGCUAACUUGAUGCUAAGAGGGGACGCUGGUGCGCAGAAACUUCUCCAGUUAUGAACCAUCGUAGAUCCGUGGCCCCGGUUCUGUGAGGGCGGUCCGAGGUCUAACUGUCCGUGUGAGGGUCUCCAGACACCGGGCAGCUCAGUCCACCGGUCCGCCGGGGUUUAACGGCCGCUGUUAGCCUGCGGAUGCUAACUCCUGCUAGCCCCGAAGCUACCGUCGCCGACAGAACUCCAGUCGGUUUCUGCCCGUUUUAUCCCCCUGGCGCCCCGACAGCUCGGCGAGUGAUGUGGAAAGUAACUUUACAAGCGUUCGCUGUUUUGCUGUCGGCCUGGUUCUUCGGGAACUUUGUUUUGGGUUGGUUUCAACAAAACAACGUAAAACCCAGAACGCAGCACAGCGAGCAUCCGGACGGAGCGGACAGCCAGGACCAGAGCUGCUUCUGCCAUCUCACCGGAGUCCUGGACGACUGCUUCUGUGACGUCGAGAGCAUCGACGUCUUCAACAACUUCAAGAUCUUCCCUCGAAUCCAGAAGCUGACAGCCAAGGACUACUUCAGAUACUACAGAGUGAACUUGAAGCGGCCGUGUCCCUUCUGGCCUGACGACGCACACUGUGCCAUUAAAGACUGCCAUGUGGAGCCCUGUCCAGAGAGUAAGAUCCCUGUCGGCAUCAAGUCUGGCAACUACAACAAGUACUCACAGGCAGCCAACACCAUGUCAGACAUGACCGAGUGUGAACAGGCCGAAGAGCUGGGAGCCAUCAACAGCACCCUGAGUAACCAGAGUAAAGAGGCGUUCGCUGACUGGGCGAGACACGACGACGCUCAGGACCACUUCUGUGAGCUGGACGAUGAAACGUCUCCAGAUUCUGAGUAUGUUGAUCUGCUGUUGAAUACGGAGAGAUUCACUGGAUAUAAAGGUCCUUCAGCCUGGAGAGUCUGGAACAGCAUCUACGAGGAAAACUGCUUCAAGCCCAGAUCCGUGUACCGACCUCUGAACCCUCUGGCUCCCAGCAGAGGAGACGACGAUGGCGAAGGUUUCUACAGGUGGCUCGAAGGUUUGUGUUUGGAGAAGAGAGUUUUCUACCGGCUCAUCUCCGGCCUCCACAGCAGCAUCAACAUCCACCUGUGUGCCGAGUACCUGCUGGACGAGGGUUGGGGCCGGUCUGUUUGGGGUCCAAACGUUCAGGAGUUUCGUCAGCGCUUCGACACGGCGGAGACGAAAGGUGAGGGCACGCGACGGCUGAAGAACCUCUACUUCCUGUACCUGAUCGAGCUGCGGGCACUGUACAAGGUGGCGCCGUACUUUGAGCGAGCGUUCGUCAACUUGUACACCGGAAAUGCGCAGGAGGACGGCGCCACCAAGGAACUGCUGCUGCAGGUCUUCAACGAGAUCAAAGCGUUCCCCAUGCACUUUGAUGAGAAGUCCAUGUUCGCCGGACAUAAGAUCGAAGCCAAAACAUUAAAGGAGGAGUUCCGCCUCCAUUUUAAAAACAUCUCCAGGAUCAUGGACUGUGUCGGCUGCAGUAAAUGCCGUCUUUGGGGAAAACUACAGAUUGAGGGUCUGGGUACGGCUCUGAAGAUCCUCUUCUCAGAGAAGGAGAUCCAGAAUCUGCCUGAAAACAGCCCGUCUAAAGGUUUCCAGCUGACUCGACAGGAGAUCGUGGCCUUACUGAAUGGCUUUGGCAGGUUGUCCACCAGUAUACAUCAGUUGCACAGUUUCCGCCUGCUGCUGAAGGACAACAGGUAACAGCAGGUGAUGUCUCUCCUGGCCAGCAGGCGGCGCCGCUCCACAGAACUGCAAUAGUCUGAUCCUAAAGCCUAGAACAAGGCUUUAAUAUGGACAUCAGGAUCAGCAGUGAACACAACAAACACUCUCUCUUCUCCCACUAAUCUCUCCUCUUCCUCCUGCUUCUCCUCCUCCUCCUCCUCCUCCUCCUGCUCCUGCUCCUCCUCCGGCUGAUAAAUCAUGAAUGUUAACUCUUCUGCCUCCUCUUGCCUUUCGUCUCCUGACGUCUUUCUCUCUCUCUGCUGUAAAACUUGUGGGCCAGUUGACAAACUUUCACCUGAUUUUCUUUCUCCUUUUUUUGCUUUUUAAUAUUUUUUGGACUCUUUUGAGACGGUUGCGGCUGUAAAAACCAGCAGGUUGUUUGUGACGUCCACAACCUGAAGGAUGUUCGGGAGGAACCGACGGACUCAUGAAACUCGUGUCCAACUUUUUAAAAUGUCUCUUUUUGUUGGAUGUGAGUCGGAGCUUUGUCUCCUCUGUAAGGACGUAGAGACACUGUGUCCCCUGAAAGGACGCAGUCGGGACGGUUUGUCCAGAUAAAAGUGCGUCUGAAGCGCCAUGACGCUGCUGCCUGUUCUGGUUUUUGAUUUAUUUUUUGUUUUAUUUCCUUUUUCCUCUCCCCUCUUUUCACCUUUUCCGGUUGUUUUUUUUUAGAGAAGUUUGUUGCUCAAAGCCUGAGGAUCUGGACCAAUCUGCUCGUGUUUACCAUCUCAGGCCUAAUUUAUGUCAGCUCGCUUGAAGGUGUGUGUGUGUGUGUGUGUGUGUGUGUUGAACACAAACACAACGCUGUGCAGACAGUAAACGUGUGAAACAUUUUCUCCUUGUGGUAGACGAUGCAGAGUUCUUCUUUGAAUCCUCUCUCCGGUUUAAAGCAGUCGGGUUUUCGGAUGUUUGGUGGUAUUUAUCCUCAGUCAGUGUGUGUGUGAGCUGCAGGAGCACUGACACAGUAGAUAAACAAUGUGCUGCUGUGGACCAUAAACUCUAUAUAAAGAAGCUAAAAUAUCCAGAUACGAGAGCUUUUCAUCUGUGCAGUAGUGAUAUCCGAGCCUAGACCGCUAACAGACGAACUUAAAGAGUUUCAGUUCAUCUGACUGGAAGCAGGCAGAGGCUCCGACUCACCGGCAGACUUGUUCCGUUCCUGCAGCCUCGAUGUUAGAUGCAUCGUCAUGGACACAUGCAGCCACGUCCCAAGUCAUGCCUUACUUUGCCCUUUUAUUGUAUAAAUUGUAACGAUGCAGAGAUGAGUUGUUUGUGUUUUAGGAGAGUCUUUAAGAAAAUCUUCCAUGUCCUCUGCAGAAAUAUUCUCCUUUUAAAGAGUGAGUCUGGUUAUUAAAUCUGUUUAUUGCUGUGGACAAACCUGCUGCUCGGUCUCGAACUUCAAAAACACAAAUAUCAAGUUUCAUGUUUCCUAAAACAGCUGCUCACUGUAGUUUUUAUCAGACAAUCGGAAUUAAUAAGCAAUGUCAAACAAGCAAAAGAUGCAAAGUGCGUCCAUCUCACGGCUUUAUCUGAAGGACAACCACAGCUGAGACAGAAAACAGUCAGAAACAUCCCUCUCCUGUAAGCUGUAAGCUCUCCACAAUAAAACGGUUUAACAGAGUAUUAACCAUUCAAAGUUCUUGCUGAUGUCUUACAGUUAAAUGGAUAAUUAUUAUUAAUAUUAAAUAUAUUUUUUUGCACAUUUAAGCCGAUCCUCACCUACUUUUCCGUCUCCCUGCAGCUCCGUCGACGUUGUUUAUGUUCUGUGUCAGUAGUCCUGCCUUCAUUUCCAGCAGUUAACACACACACACACACACACUGUGGAUUAAUACCUCACACAUCUGAACUGUCCCUUUAAGAAGCUAACAAGCUAAGCUAAGCUAACAUUUCUGAUCAUUAGAAAACAACGAAGCAAAAGAUUUUUUAUCCAAGUUUAGCUGAAUCCACUGAGGGAAGCUGAAACACUUUGGUGUGUGUGUGUGUGUGUGUGUGUGUGUGUGUGUGUGUGUGUGUGUGUGUGUGUGUGUGUUUGUGUGUGUCAGCAGUUGCAGCUAUAAGAUAACGGACUAUGACUUGAUUCAAUAGUUUACCUUGAAACAGUAGCAGACUUUUGCUCCUUUGCGAUAACUAACAAAUAAUUCUGUUUGUGUGUUUCUGGUGAAUGGAUCAUCUGUCUGUCUCCCUGUCUGUCUGUCUGUCUGUCUGUCUCUCUCUCUGUGUAGCUGCUGUUGUGUAUUUUGCUGCCUAGUUUCUCUCCUGCAUUUAUUUUUGCCGUUGUUGUCUUAAAGCUCAACUUUAACCGAGACACAUUUAUUAAUUAUUUAAUGUAGAGUUAGAGUUAUUAAGUUCCUUUAAGAUUAAUUCUUGCUUCAGUGUUAGUUUUUACGCGUGGAGAUGGAUGAGAGAGAGGUGAAUAUUCUCCUUUACAUUUUUUGGAGACGUAAGGGAAAUUUGCUGGGGACUAUUUUCAGAGGCGGAUUAAUCCGCAUUCACUGCUGGUUUAAGUCUGAGAAUGAGAUUUGUUUAAAAACACAGAUUAUUACCACUUUUGUACUGAAACACGAUGUUUAAAUCUUGAUAGUAAUAUCUGUAAACGACACAAAACAACAGGAUGGAGAGGAAACAUUGUGAAGAUCCAGCUGAUUUAAACCAUUACGAUCAAUAAGCAACGUCAAACAAGCAAAAGACGCAGAUCGCAUCACCUGUCAAUCAAACAGAAAACAAGCAAGAGACGUCUACUCUUUAUUAUUUACAUUUUGGAAAUUAAUUCAAUUUUUUCAAUUUUCAAUUUCCUGGAUUGU